AUGACAUAUGAGGCCAUGCUGGAUGUGCUGUCUACAGGACAGGAGAACAUCCCAAACUACAGAUGUGGAAGUCAAAAGAACCUGCUGGCGAUUCUUGAAGAGAUGGAUUCUGAACUCUUUGAUCAUAUAAAUAAUGUCCUGAACAUCUAUAAAAUUCCACAGAUCAACUAUAAUGUCAUCAACCAGAUGGCUGAGAAAAAUCAUGGUUUUCCUUUUUCAUAUCGGAUGACCCCAAACCAAGAACCUCCUUAUUCAGCAAUCGUCAAGCUGCUCCUGCAGUUCCAAUGGACGUGGAUUGGCCUUCUUUCUCGGGACAAUGAAAAAGGAGAAAAAUUCAAAAGACGUUUGGAAGUUCUUGCUCUAAAAAAUGGGAUUUGCAUUGUCCUCUCAGGAACCAUCCCAGAAGCAAAUGUGCAGAUAAGAGCUGCAAUGUUACUUUCUCUUAUCAAGAGUCAAAUAAAAAUUAUAGUAUGCCAAAUGGAUUUUCAGGCCUCAGGAAUGUUAGCAGCAAUAAUACAAACCAUUGAUAGGACUAAUACAGCCAUUGUGGGAAGGGUGUGGAUUGCAACAACUUUGACAGUUUUAAGUAUAAGUAUUUUUGACCUUUGGGUUGAUCUCCAAAAUAAAUAUGCUUUGUUUUCCUUCCUCAUCCAGACAAAGAGAAGGACUCAGUAUGAUGACUUUAAUUCUUAUGCAUCCAUGGUCUUAUUCUAUGGAAAGGAAGCAUUCCAAUGUUCUUAUUCAAGUCCUGUGUUAUCUAAGAAAGUUUGGAAAAAAUGCAGAGAAAAAGAGAAUUGGGAAUUCCCACCCCCUGAUGUGAUUGCAAGAAUCCUGUCUCAGGAUUCCUCCAGUAUUUCCCAAAUAAUUCAAAUUGUGGCCUGGGUCCUCAGUGCUGCCUCUUCCUCCCAACGGAGUAAGAGGAGAAUGCAACCACCCCAGAUUGUACAGCCAUGGCAGUUUCAUAGGUUCCUGAGAAACUUCCAACAUCACAAUAUUUCCAACGAUGGGAUUUCUUUUGAUGAAAAUGGAGUUCCUGUUGGUGACUUUGAUAUCAUGCAGUGGACAUCAGUUUUGAACAAAUCAGAUGCGGCGGUGAAAAUUGGGACUGUAGAAAGACAAGCCUCCUUGGAAGUCAAGAUUUCUGUCAAUCAAAGUGCUGUCCAAUGGCCAACUUUAUUUAACAAAAUGGUGCCUUAUUCAAGAUGUACAGAAAGUUGCUCCCCAGGUUAUGCCAAGCUUGUAAGAGAGGAAGCCCCAGUUUGCUGCUACGACUGUUCUCUGUGUAUGGAAGGAACAUUCUCUGAGCAAGAAGAUGCAGCCCAUUGUGAAAAGUGUUCAGAUGACCAGUAUUCCAAUAAGAAGCGAGAUCAGUGUGUCCCCAAAAAUAUAAGCUUCUUAUCCUAUCAAGAAUUGUUGGGACUCAUCCUGGCUUUCUUUGCCAUCACUUUGUCCCUAACCACCGCCUUUAUUCUGGGAAUCUUCAUGAAAUACCGAGACACUCCCAUAGUCAAAGCCAACAACUGUGAACUCACCUACAUCCUCCUGGUUUCACUCCUGCUUUCUUUCUUGACCUCCCUUCUAUUCAUCGGUCGCCCCGUGAAAAUGACCUGUCUCCUUCGACAAACCAUUUUCAGUAUUGUUUUCUCAGUUGCUGUAUCUUCUUUGCUGGCCAAGACUGUCAUGGUGGUGGUGGCCUUUCUGGCCACAAAGCCAGGCAGCAGCAUGAGGAAAUGGCUGGGGAAGAGUCUGGCCAACUCUAUUGUUUUAUCCUGCUCUGGUAUUCAAGUAGGCCUCUGUAUGAUGUGGCUGGGAGUCUUUCCCCCAUUCCCAGAUUCUGACUUUCAUUCCCAACCAGAACACAUCCUGCUGCAGUGCAAUGAAGGCUCUGUCACCAUGUUCUACUCUGCUCUUGGCUACAUGGGUUUUUUGGCUGCCAUCUGUUUCUUGGUGGCAUUUCUGGCUCGAAAUCUGCCAGGGGCCUUUAACGAAGCCAAACUGAUCACCUUCAGCAUGUUGGUUUUUUGUAGCGUUUGGAUCUCCUUUGUUCCCACAUACCUGAGCACCAAGGGGAAAUACAUGGUAGCCGUGCAGAUCUUCUCCAUCCUGGCCUCUGGCCUGGGUUUACUGGGCUGCAUCUUUAUUCCCAAAUGCUACAUUAUUAUCCUCAGACCUGACAUGAACACCAAAGAACAUCUCAUGAUAAAAAAUCAUUAAGUCUCCUUGUGUUGGUGUUUAUUUUUGUACAGUUUACAUGCAACAUGAAAUCACAUACUUUGAAGUAAUGUUUUAUGUGUUGUCACUUCUCCUUCUUCAUUCCAUGUGAAUUUUGAAUUAUAAUAAUUGAGUAGUAAAGUUGCUAAAACAACUCAAACUAUUUGAAAUAAUCAUAUCCUUCAAUUGUCCUAAUCUGAAUUCAUAUUAUGAUAUUAAUAAAAUUUCUGAAACAGGCCAGAUAAACUGUGACCAGAGAUGUUCUGAUAUGGUUUUAGAUUAAAUUAAAGACUAUGGCUAAUGA